AGCAGCUCGGUCCUGAUCGGGUCCCGGUCUCGUUCGGCGCUCUGGAAAUAAAGUUGACCAAGAACUGGAACAAGAUGUCAUCUGUGCUCCAGAAUGUCAAAGCAACAGUGGUGUGGCGGAAACAUCAGCUCCUAACUGACCUUAGUGAGAAUGAGAGCCCUAUGCCUGACAAAUUCAAGAGAAGGGCCUUUCUGAGUUCUCUCAAUACCAUUCGCAUGUCUUUAAGAAAACGGGCACCAUUAAAGCGAGUAGAGCUGCAUUUUCAUAAAACCCCAACUAGGGGAAGUCCAGAACCAAGACAGAGGUGCCAAACUCUUCAGACAAUCAAAGCAAAAUAUGCUUUUGGAACAGUGUCCCAGAAAAUACAGAAGUCUUGCCAAAGCCCAGUACGCUCAGUGGUGACCUUUCCAGCUGAAUCCAUCAGCAGAAGCUGUGUGACCAGUUCUACCACAAAAAGAAGUGCUACACCUCAAACACCUUGCUAUAAGAGCGUUACUCCAGCAACCAGUUCUAAAGGCACUCCAAGUUCUGGCAAAAGGGCCUUGCUUGGAUCAACAAGGGCAUCAGAACAUAGAGAAUGGAGGGAUUUCUCAUCCUGGCUUGGUAAAAAUGCUGUCUCUCUCCGGAGAUCCAGAAGAGCAGCAGCACUAAAGAGCCCUUAUUCAUCACCUGCUCCUUCCAGCAGAAAGAUAGAGUUUGACUGCAAGUUGGAACUGGUCUCUUCAGGGAUUUGCCACUUGAAGCGUAUCUCCCAAGCAUUUGAUGAUGCCAUUGUGAAAGAGGAGAGUGAUAUGACAGUUUCUCUCAUUCAUAACUGAAGAUAGUAGCAACCAGGAAACAAGAAAUAUCAAACUACUACUAUCUAAUAGCACAAAACUCACAGUCUGUACAUCAAUCCCUGAAACCAUCUCAAGCUAUCAGAAGGCAAGCAAAGAAGCUCCAU